AUGAGAGAACAAGAUUACAUGAGGGAGCGAGAAUUUGAUGGCGACAGGAACUGGAAUGCGUCUCAUGCCAAGAAAUUCCGUCCGGUCUAUAUUUGGUUUGAACUCAAUAGAAGCGUAAUUAACGAUGUGAUUCUGUGCAAUGUUCAAGGAGUUACCCAGUGUGCGCAGAGUACUGACCUUUCUACUCUGAGCGAUCCUCAGAAAUCAUGUUUGGAAUGGAAGAAGUUUGAAGAAUGUGUCUCACCCUUUUCGGACGAAUGCACUGAGAAUCCAACUUAUGUCAGCUUUUACAACAGUAUGAACUUAUUAAAAUCAAAUUGUGGGGGAUCUACCGGUGAUUCCUGUGACGUCAUGGGUCUUCAGAAGUGCAUGGAUGUUGUAGAAUCAUCACAAAACGAAAACAGUGGCCUAGAGGAAACUUGCAAGGUGUAUCCAGAGUUUCGUCAAUGUGUAGAUCCAUUAAGAAAGGGCUGUGCUGAUAGCAACAACCUUUACAAUAACAUAAAGGGUAGCAUAGCUGAGUUUGAAAGGAAGUGUGCAGCAAUUACCACACAAAAUGCUCUACUGAAGUAG